CUUUUCGCUCUCUCUUCAAUCUCUGUGUCUUUUAUCUUCGUCUUUAUUCUUCGUCUUUCAUUCGCUAGGAGAAAACGAUGACUGCUGUCGCGCCGCGCAGCAAGGUAACGCGGCAGAGUCUGCCUCCGCCUGCACGACAGGGAUUUCUGCUGUCGUUGCAGGCGGGCUUCCUGUCGAAAUCGUGGAAGCGGUUCUGGAUGUCGCUGUGCGGCAGCCACUUGUACUACUUUGAGAGCAAGGAGCACGGCACUCCGGCCAAGCUCAUGUUGGACGUGAGCUCGGCGAUGGUUGAGAUUGUCGACGACAUUGACACUCUGGCCAAGCUCGGCAUGACUCAGGCCACGCUGUUCAAGCUGUGCUUCCCUCCGGUCAAGGGAGGCGACACACACAUGCGCGAGGUCUACUUUGCGGCCGCCGACGAGAGCGACAUGGAGCAGUGGGUGCAGGGCAUUCUGCUCGAGCUCUCACGGCAGUCGACGCUCGCACCUCCACCUGCUGCCAGCACCAACCACGCCAAUGCCAACAACAGCAAAGACAAGGACAAGGACAAGGACAAGAAGAAGAACAACGGGAAGCCGAACGCACAGCUACCGCCAUUGGCAGCAGUUGCACCGAACGUGAACAGCGACGGCGACGAAGCACCCACUCCCCCACCACGGACUGCGGCAAGCCAGCCUGCUGCUGCUGCUGCUGCGUCGUCCGCUGCAAUCGCCGUGCCGGUCAACCGAGCUGUGGCGGCGGUUGCCAGCGAUGCGGCAGGCAGCCCAACCGCGCUGCAGCACCAGGGCUCGGUUGACGAGCAAGCCAGCGAGUUUUACUUUUCCCUGUUUGAUGCCGAGCGCAUGCGCCGCGAGAAUCGCAAGGAGAAGGAUCGCCACGAGCGACGUAAGAAGCGACGCCAUGCCGAGGUCCAGCUAGCACGCGCCGAGGCCUCGUCCACCCGCGCCGAUGACAAGAGCAAUCAAAUCGAGCUGACCAUCGACGAGCGAGACGCCUUGAAAGAGGAGGUCGAGCUGGAGCGAUUCAUGCUCGAGGAACAAGCACUGCGGCAUUUUGCCAAGUUGGUCGAGGAGCACGCCGCCCGCCUCGCUGCCGAAGCUGUGUUCGGCGCAGAGGUCGUAGCUACCGAGGAAAACAUGCUAGAAAUGGAGGCGCUUGUCGAAAUGGCCAAUGCCAAGGAGCAACAGGCGCGCGAACAGCGCGUUGCGUUCGAAACACAGGCAGAGGAAGCGACUGCGCAGCAGGAUCUGAAGAGCGCUCGUCGCUUUGUCAAGGCUGCCUAUCACAAAGCCGCCAUUGAGCGAAUGGCCCGUGCCAAAUCACGGCAGGCGACAGCCGAAAAGGAAAAGCUCGUGCAGUCGCUCGAAGAGUUGAAGACUCAGGGCGUUGUUCAAGGCAUGUUUGGUGGUGCAUCAGCAGUCGCAGCAGCAAGCGCGCCAGCGACAUCCAAGGCAUCGGUGGCCUCGACCGCCACCGAAGCGCCCAGGCCUGCCGUUGUUCGGACGCGACCAAAAGCAGCGUCGGCGCCAAACACCAGCGCCGCUUCGACCGCUGGAGCUCCGUCGCUCGGAUUCAAGAUUGACUUGGAGCAGCCCGUCGCGUCUCGCAAGGUGAAGCAACCCGUCCGUCGCUCGUUCAACGCCAGCGAUGGUGAUGUAGAGUCCUCUUCCGACGAAGAUGAGGACAAUGGUGUCGCCAACAUUCGCUUUUCGAUUAGCACAACCAAGCCCCGGUCGGAUUCAAACCCCAACCCUGCACCUGCUGCCGCCCCAGCAGCUCCUGCCAACACUGCAACGCUGCCUACAGUCGAGCCAAUUCCUCAGCCUGCUGUUUCGGCUGGAGCAGGUCUGGACAAGUUUGAUGCAUUCGAUGCGUUCGCUGCACCUUCUGCUGCUGGGCAUGCUGCUGUCGACCCGUUCGCCUCUGCUUUCGACAACGCACCCGUCGCUGCUUCCACGAACGCCCAAGAUCCAUUUGAUUCAGCCUUCAGUGGCGCACCGCUAAACACCGCUUCUGCCGCGACUGCGCAGGAUCCUUUCGAUACCAAGUUUGACGAGGCCGUUUCCGACAACCAAGAUCCGUUCGAGUCGUCGUUCAAGGUGGCGGAUGCGUCUUCCACUGAAACUGCAGAUCCGUUUGCCCAGGCGUCGACGGGUGCCACCUCCACCAACAAGGGUCUGCCUUCUCCUUCCAGUUCCAACCCGUUCGAAGUCGACGAUCCAUUCGAUGCCGCCUUCGAUGGCGCCGGCGAUACCUCCAUUCUUUCCGAAGGCGACCUGUCUGCCGCUGACAUUUCUUCGGCCACCUCGUCUUUCCGAUCUGACAGUGGCAAGAAGCCCGAGCCGUCGGCCGAGCCCGAGUCAACUGAAGCUCCUCACCCCGACGUUGCUGAGGAUGCCGAGCCCGACGCAACUACAGCUGCCCAUGGUAUCGAGUCGGACAAUGCACCAGCUGAAGACGAGGAAUCCACGCGCCCGUCGCUCAUCACCAGCGUGAUGCACUCGGAAGAGAUUGAGGCGAACGCAUCGUCGGAGCCCACGAAUAGACACGAAGAGGACAGCGCUGAUAGUUUUGCGACGCCAUCUGAAUCGCUUGUGCCGUCGGUUGAAGAGAGCACUGCACAAGUCGAGCAACCUGCCUCGACUCCGUCUGCCGAUGCGCCGGCAGCUGUUGUUGCCGCUCCUGUGGCCAUCCCGCUGGAAGCUCCAGGACCCAUUAUUGCUUUUGAUCGCAACAAGCAGCCGUCUCCGAGCAUUCUUCGCGUGCCAUCGGACGGCGCGGAUAAAAAGGACCGGCAUCCCGCUCGUCCAGCCAACAUUCGGUUUGAUCUCCCUCCAUACAACUCUGAGGAUGAAUGGUCCGACGAAGAGGAUUCUGACGAAGACGAAGACGAAGACGACGACGACGACGACGACGAUGAAGAUGAUGAAGAAGAGGAGGAGGAGGAAGAUGAGUAAAUGGAGUAGCGUGUUUUUGUUUUUUUUUCCCCCUCCCCGAUGUUGCGUUGUUCGUCUGUUGUCAAUUAUCCUUGUUGUUCUGCUCUCCAC